AGGCGCAGUGGGUUGAGUGUCCGGGGCCUGCAAGCAGUGGAGCGAUCGGCUCGUCAUGGCGCGGUUCGGUGUGUUGUUGCUCCCGCUUUUACUAUCGUUCGUCGUUCAGUCCGUCGUGUCGAUCUCGUUCUACCUGCCGGUACGCAGCAGAAAGUGUUUGCGGGAGGAGAUUCACAAAGACGUGCUCGUGACCGGAGAAUACGAGAUCAGCGAGCAGCCGAACACGAAAACCAACCUGAAGAUUACUGAUUCCUCUGGACACAUCCUCUACUCGAAAGAAGAUGCAACCAAAGGCAAAUUCGCCUUCACCACAGAGGAUUAUGACAUGUUUGAGGUGUGCUUCGAAAGCAAGUCUCAAAUGGGAACUGGAAGAGUUCCAGACCAGCAGAUCAACUUGGACAUGAAACAUGGUGUCGAGGCCAAAAAUUAUGAAGAGAUUGCCAAGGUAGAAAAACUGAAGCCCCUUGAGGUGGAGCUCCGUCGAUUAGAGGAUCUGUCGGAGUCCAUCGUGAAUGAUUUUGCUUACAUGAAGAAGAGAGAGGAGGAGAUGAGAGACACAAAUGAAUCCACCAACACACGUGUGCUGUACUUCAGCAUCUUCUCCAUGUGCUGUCUCAUUGGUCUGGCCACGUGGCAGGUGUUCUACCUGCGUCGUUUCUUUAAGGCCAAGAAGCUCAUUGAGUAAAUCCUGCUUGAACAAUCAGAGACAGAGAACUUCUUCCUGACAUCACAACCUUCGGCCCCUGACAUUUGCUCUGCCUCGGCAAUUUAUUCCGGUUGCCACAAGCAACUUGAAGUUCAUCGGAAGUGGACGUGCAUCAGGGAAUUCUCUGGGAAUGAUUGAUGCUUGGCGGCCAAAUUUGUCUUUUCAGUGCGUUUUUGAUACAAGAUCGCUCAGUAUAAUUUGGGGGGAAAAACACAAAGUUUUUGUUCAUUUUCGUUUUUUGCAAUGUAUUUAUAUAAAAUGACAGCACAAGCCCCUGUAACAGCUAAGAGAUGUGCAACCGCUCUGUGAGAGAAACUAAAAACGUUCUUUGUGGUCAUCGGAUGUGUGCGUUAAUAAUUACCCUUGAUUCAGUGCUUAUAUUGUACUGCUUUAAUCUGUUUUUGAUUCAUGGAUUUUUUUUGACCGAUUAUCAUUAUUUGAAAAGAAUGACUGUCAGCCUUUGCAUACAAAGUUUUCAUGAAAUGAUUGUUUGACUGUUUAUUCGUUGUUAAAAUGACUAGUGUUUGGAAUUGCAAAGCCAUUUUAAAAUUCAAAAUGAAGUCCCACACCCUGCAAUUGAAGCGAGUUAAAGCACGUUAGUGCUUAAAGCUGUCAUACAUCCUUCUAACUUUAUGAAAUGGAUUUACUUAGUUUUUUAACAGUUUUAUUUUGUGAGGUUGCAUCUCUUUUUAGUGUGUGUAGAAUGUAGCUGGUAAAGGGUGAGUUGAUCUAUAAUUUUCUGUUUUUGUUGUUAGUUAUUGGUUUCUCCACAGAUUGAAAUAAACAUUCAGUUGAACAGAAUUUGCAUUGGUCUUGCGGUUAAAGCUAAUGUAAAAAGCCAUUGCCGGUCCCAUUAUUCAAGUAAUAUUAAAGACUUGCCUACUGGUUCUGUAUUGUGACAAAAUUCAGACCGUGCAAUAAUUGCGGUUAGUAUUCCUCUUCAUUUGUAAUGUAUUUAUGGAAAAGUGGUUACACACAUUUGGGGUGGAAGGUUAGGAAUUGGUUUAUUCCCGGAUGUUUCGGUCCAGUGUUAAAUCAUUUUCAACAUGUUUAUUCUCUGAAUAAUUUUUGGUGGAAGUUGAUUUCAGUAAAAUCAUUGGCUUGUCAUUCAAUAAAAAUUAUUACUAAAGUA